AUGAAUGAAUCAAUUGAAGUCACCACUAAGACUGAUGGUAAUUCUGUUGCAAAUGAUAAUGAUUUAGAUCAAGAGAAGAGGCAACGGACAAAAGUAGCUUGUGAUUAUUGUCGUAAACGUAAAUCCAAAUGUGAUGGUGAGAGACCAUGCUCCAAAUGUAAAGCAAAGAAUAGAACUUGUGUAUAUGCUGUUAUCCAAAAAGAACGCAAAAAGAGAGUUAAAAAACCUAGCGUUGCUCAAAAUAAGAAUCAUAAUCAAACAACCAUACAAAGCUUGAAUAAGCGAAUAAGUACAUUGGAGAAUUUAUUAACAACAUUAUUAGCUAAACUAGGAUCAGCCACCAGCAUAUCAACUGGACAGAUUUCCGAUCAAAUGGAAGAAGAUACUAGUUCACAACAGUCACCUUCAGAUUCAGACUCAAAUAAUUCGGAAGAUGAAUCCAUGGAUGAAAGUACCCCGGAAAGGGAUGAUGAUGCAAGAAGUCCUGAACUUUUAAAAGAAACAUUAGCACCCGCUACCCGUGAUCUCUGUAGUCCCACUGAUCCAGGUCCCUGUCGCGGGUUCAAGCAAAUGAAACGCCGGAUGAUUCAAUAUUUUGGUUCUCAUUCCUUGUUCUUUGUGUUUUCGGGUAGAUUCCUUACCUGGUUCAAAGCGAGGUUGGAAGACAGGCGAGAUGAUGCACUUUUUGCCCAACUCAGAAAAAUGCCUUUUGCUCUUGAAGGAGUGAUGAAACUGUCUACUGGCUUGUUGACUGAUAUAGCACCUCCUACUAAUGGUGAGCAACAAUUGUAUUUUGCAAUGGAUGAGAAGGCAUUGGUUUUCGAAGUUCUUGAUUUAUGGUAUGAAAAGGUUAAUUUUGCUAGUUUCUUGUGUCUGACAAGUGUAAUUCGAGAAUUAUUUCAGAGAUAUUUUUAUGGCCGGGCCCAGAAUGAUGAUGAAAUACUUGCUGGAUUGGAUCAUGGGGAUUAUUUACUAAUGAAUAUUGCGCUUGCAUUAUGUAUAUCACAGAUUUCUGAUCCGGAAGAUGUUAUUGAUCCUAUCCAGUAUCCCAAUUUGGCUAUGAAAAACGAAGGGGAUCUUAAAGAGUUAAAGGCAAGAUAUUUUAGUAAUGCUAUUCACUUUUAUGAUAAAGUAUCUCAGCUGUCAACUACGGACGGUAUCAGACCCAUACAAGGAAUCUCCUUGUUGACUUUCUACAUUGGGAAUAAUUUGAUUUGCGAUGUUCAUAUCAAUUACAUAUUGGUGUCUGUUCUUGUACGUCUUGCAAAAGAAAUUGGUCUCCAUCGUGUAGAGACCUUGCUGAUUGGUGACGAGGAGGAGAAUUUGACAAAGAGAAAGCUAUGGUGGUUUUGUGAAUAUUCAAGUACUGAACUUGCGUUUAGGACAGGAAAACCGAUGCUUAUUAAUACGGAGGAUGUAUCUACUUUGACUGAAGCUGAUGAUUUUUUUGUUUCAAUCCCCACCACUUUUUUCAGUGAUGAUACCUAUUUAAAGAAUUCUAGCCAGAUUAUGUCAAAUUGUCGAAGAUAUGGUUAUCAAUAUUACUUUGUUUAUUAUUCUUUGUGGUUAACGAGAAUCAAACAAAAGAGUUAUUAUAAACUCUUUUCAAUCACUCCAACCAAAGAGAAAUCGCAAGAAAUGCUUUCAAUGUUGCAAGAGAUAAACAGUGAUAUGAACAAGUUAGCUUCGUUGAUGAUUCCAGAAACACGACCAGUACACUACUAUGAAAAAUCCAAAACUGUAUCUACCGAAGACUUGGUUAAGGCAUUUGAUGCCUACGAUAAAUUUGUUGUCUGUCCUACAAUUGAAUUGCAAUUGAGCUAUUUUGCCCAUUUAUUAGCAAUCAAUCGACUUCCUUUCAAGAAUGAAUUUUCUUUGGAUGCAGCUAAGAUCGUGAAGUAUGGUGGUUUGUCAUUAGACAGCGCUAGGAGUGUUCUACAUCUCGCCGUGAAUUUUGAUAAAGAAUCCGUCUCGGAUACUUCUUUGACUGGAUUGGUAUUCUAUCCUUGGGUAGCCUUUUGUAGUUUGUUAGGACAUUGUCAAGUCAUGCCACAUGAAAAGAAUUCCCAACUGGAUUGCGAGUUACUUAUUGAUACUUCGAUGAAAUUCUUUGCUAGAUGUUCCAAGACGACGAAGGGUCGAGACUUGAAUAACAAAGGGGUAUUGUAUGAUUUGAUUACUAGGUUGUUAUUAAAGGUUUUGAUAGAUAGUAUGACGAAAGAGACAUUCUAUGAUUUUUACGACCAUUGCAAUGGAUUAUUCCAACAUUUAAGUUCAACUGAUGAGAUGUUUCCGGAAGCUCUUGUGAGAUCAAAGGAAGAUGCAUUCAAGAUUAGUUCCGAUAUUAGUCCAAAUUCUGUGAGUUCCAUGCAAGAGCCGUCCUCGUCAACUGCAACUUCUACUGAAUUUACAUCUCCAACUGAUUUCAGCGGAAAGCCUUCAUUCAUUGAUUUGGUUAAUAGAGGAUUAGGUAAUGUUAAUUACGAUAUACCUGGGUUAGAAGAUCUUGUGAAUGGGCUCAGUGAUGAUAGUUUCAAUUAUAUGAUCUUGAAUGAGAUGAAUGAUUUGCCUAAUUUCUUUGUGCCUGGUGAAGUUUCCAACGCCAAUGAAUUAUAUGAUUAG